AUGGUCAACGACCGGUGGAAGACCAUGGGCGGUGCUUCCCAACUUGAGGAACGGCCCCGCGACAAGCCGCAGCGGCCGAGCUGUGGCUACGUGCUGUGCACCGUGCUGCUGUCCCUGGCCGUGCUGCUGGCUGUGGCCAUCACCAGCGCAGUGCUCUUCCUGAACCACGUGCACGCCCCGGGCACGGCGCCCCCACCCAUCGUCAGCACGGGACCGGCCGGGGCCAACAGUGCCCUGGUCACCGUGGAGAGGGCCGACAGCUCCCGCCUCAGCAUCCUCAUCGACCCACGUUGCCCUGACCUUGCGGACGGCUUUGCCCGGCUGGAGGGUGCCCAGGCCUCGGUGCUGCGGGCGCUGACUGAGCACCAGGCCCGGCCACAGCUGGCGGACACCCAGGAGCAGGAGCUGCUGGACACCCUGGCCGACCAGCUGCCCCGACUGCUGGCCAGGGCCUCGGAGCUGCAGGCCGAGUGCACGGGGCUGCGCAAGGGGCACGGCCUGCUGGGCCAGGGGCUCAGCUCCCUGCAGCAGGAGCAGGGCCGCCUCAUCCAGCUUCUCUCCGAGAGCCAAGGCCACCUGGCUCACCUGGUGAACUCUGUCAGCGACGUCCUGGAUGCCCUGCAGAGGGACCGAGGGCUGAGCCGGCCCCGAGUCAAGGCCGACCUCCAGAGGGCUCCUUCCAGGGGCGCCCGGCCCCGGGGCUGCGCCAACGGCUCUCGGCCCCGAGACUGCCUGGACGUCCUCCUCAGUGGACAACAGGACGAUGGUGUUUACUCCGUCUUCCCCACCCACUACCCCGCGGGCUUCCAGGUCUACUGUGACAUGCGCACCGACGGUGGCGGCUGGACGGUGUUCCAGCGCCGGGAGGACGGCUCCGUGAACUUCUUCCGGGGCUGGGAGGCGUACCGGGAGGGCUUCGGCCAGCUCACGGGGGAGCACUGGCUAGGGCUCAAGAGGAUCCACGCCCUGACCACGCAGGCGGCCUAUGAGCUGCACGUGGACCUGGAGGACUUUGACAACGGCACCGCCUACGCCCGCUAUGGGAGCUUCGGGGUGGGCUUGUUCUCGGUGGACCCCGAGGAGGACGGGUACCCGCUCACUGUGGCUGACUACUCGGGCACUGCAGGUGACUCCCUCCUGAAGCACAGCGGCAUGAGAUUCACCACUAAGGACCGUGACAGUGACCAUUCGGAGAACAACUGUGCUGCCUUCUACCGUGGUGCCUGGUGGUACCGUAACUGCCACACUUCCAACCUCAAUGGGCAGUACCUUCGUGGCGCCCACGCCUCCUAUGCCGACGGCGUUGAGUGGUCCUCCUGGACCGGCUGGCAGUACUCACUCAAGUUUUCUGAGAUGAAGAUCCGGCCGGUCCGAGAGGACCACUAGACUGGCAGUGUUCAAUCUGAGUGUCCUCCAGCCACACCCCAUGGCGCUGCCCCUACCCCCACCUGUGUCCACCCCUGCCUGCUGCUGAGAACCUUCUCUGCCCACCUGUGCAUGGCUGACCUGCUUUCCAGGAGGGGAGGGCCAGACCAACCUCGUCACUAACUCCCCAGGGGACGGGGGUCACACAUCACCUCCUUGCCCUCCUGCCCGCCCACUCCCUGUUUGCCUCUGCUGAUGGGGCCUGGUGAGCUUCUCCACCCAAAAUCCUGCCGCCUAGACUGUGGCUCCUGUGCUGUGUCCGCCCCUCCUGGCAGGGUCCGUGGGGUCCGCCGCGCGCCCUGGUUCUGGACGGUGCCCCCAGGCAGCCCGAACCCCUGGCAAUGAGGCGACAGAGAGCGAGGGGCUUCAGCACCGCGGCCUUUCCAAGAGACCAGUGGGGGGCGCUCUCCUGAGCCCAGUCCCGAGGCCCGAGGCCCUCCCAGCACCUGCCCAUUUCCUGGGGGCCUGGAGUGCUCACCCUUCCCCAGAAACUGAGCCCUGCCAUGCCCCAGGCCAGGCUGGGCACUGCUGCCUGCAGGGACCCGGGUGGGGGCCAGCUGAGACCCCACUCUGUGCCCGGGGCAGGCCUCCAGGCCCUUGGCUUGCUGUGCCCGUCGUCUCCACCAGGCUCAAAGGAGGCCCAACCUGGCUCCCGCCCAGCCUCCCUCCAGCCUCCCUCCAGCCUCCCGCCUUCCUCCUGCCUGGCUGGCGGCCGGGCCCAUCCUGCCCGGGACUGCAGCUCUUCAGGAAGGUCUCCCUUUGGGCCCUGCCCUGCUGAGGGUCGGGGUGGCCUGGAGGGUCUCAUGGGCCCUUGGAGGCAGGCUGGGGUUCCAGCCCUCAGCCGCCUGCCCGAGCCCUGGGACCCCAUGUUGGCAGCAGGACCAGCCCCAGGGCUGCUCAUCCAAGUUCCUGCCUGGGGGACCUAGUGGGGGUCCUGGGGACAGCCAGCAGCCAGCCUGUGCCCCACCAGCGCCUCCUCCUCCUCCUCCUCCUCGGUCAGGAGGGACCUGAACCCGUGACCUGAGCGUGGGCCUGCUCCCUGCUCGCCUGAGGGCCCCGCCUGGCCGCUUGCCCUGGACAGCGCCUCACUCUGCCUGGCCUCGGCUUCAGCGAAUGUCAGCAGCACGUCUGUCUGUGUGGCCAAAGCCCUGGGUACUGGACAAGGCCAGGCUGCGGCCCAUUGGGCAUCAGCUGGAAGCAGAGGCAGCCAGGAAGCAGCUCAGCGUGGCCAGAGCGGGGCUGGAGCCGCCAGAGCAGGUGGCUUCCCCUCUGCAGGAACCAGGAGCACCAGCGCCGUCAUGGGGCAGGGCCGGGCGGGCCCACAGCUCAUCCCGGGGGCUCUCCCAUGGCCCCAAUGGAGCCGGCCUCUGCUGCCAGCCUCGCCGUGCCAGCCUCACUGUGCCAGCGCUGCCUAGGCACAUGCGCUCUCUGAUGUGUCAUCAAACAAGCCCCCGUGAGCGCCGUGCUAAUGGAGUCACAGAUGUGUGUGGCGGGCGGCGCGGCUGCCCGUGCCAGGCUUGGCUGCGGCUCAGACUUGCUGGAGCUCUGCCCGGUGGGCAGCAGGGGGAGGGGCAGCAGGAACAGGUGAGGGCCGCCUACAGGGGUCCGUCACUCCCCAGGGCACCAGGCCAGGGCUGGCACCACUAGGGGAUGUGGCCUUCCUGGGACUGGCGAAUGCACACAAGGCCCGUCGCAAUGAGGCAUGUCAGGGCAGCAACCUGCUAUCCCCAUGUCCCCAGUGGGCAUCUGACAUGGGCUGGCAGAGAGCAGACGGUCCUGGGCCACAGCCCUGGCCUUGAAGAGCCCACAAUCUCAUGUCCAUGCAAAUGGCCGCCCCUGAGAUAGGAGAGAUCACAGGAACCGGGGCACGCUGGGAGACCGUAGGGCCUGAGGGGUGAGUGACCAGGCCCACUGUCUGGUAUGGGCGGAGGUCACCAGGACCCACUGUCAUUGCACACAAACCUUGCCCCACUGGGCCCAAUUUGAUGGCCUGGCAGUGGGCUGCCCAUGUCCCGGGAUGUCACCUAGCCCAACUCCCUCCCCUUUACUUCCUUCCUUGGUGAAGACGGUGAGCCAAGCCAUGCCGCUCCACGGGGACCCGGGCGUUACUCGCUGACUCCCCACCGACUUUGGAAAUGUCCUCUGCAAGCCCGCGGGCUCUGGGGCCUCAGCCCAGUCCCCUGCUUCUCUCUGAUCCUCUCAGAGCAUGAGGCCAAAGGCCACUCAGCUGGUGGCCUGGGCUCGCCAAGAGCAGAGGGUGGGAGGACCCUGGUUCACACCCUGGUGGCCUCAGCCAUAGCCAGGAGACAUCCCCCAGCUGCGCUUCCCUGAAGCUGCCUAGGAACGGGAUUUCUGCCCCGGGGAUGAAGGUGAUGUUGGCAGUGCCCAUCGUCCUGGUGCCCCUCGCUUGACCGCCACCCACCCUCAUCCACACAGGCGUCUGGUGGCUUGGCUGGUGGGAGAUGGUGUCUUGUCUCUCUCCAGCCGUGAUUCGGGGAAUUUGCUGUCAACGUGGACUGCCACCGGGGACUCGGGGCCCUGGCAGGAGAGGGAGGAGGGAUGGGCAGAUGGGACCUGGGCACGGCCUGCUGGCCCCCACAGAUCCCCGUCCCCUGUAGGAGUCAGGACGCCAAACUUGGAGCCAGGUGACCCUCCCGCCGAUCCCCAAGGUCCUCCGUUUCUUCAUCUCCUGGCAGAGAAGUUGCCCCAGAGCUCCGAAUGGCCCAGGUGGCAGCAGACUCAGCAAACCCGGGCCUGGGGUCUGGCCUGAGGGGAUGGGGGCGAGGACUGAUGGGCAGCUUGUCACAUGGCCUUCAGUGCGCUGGGACUGUGCAGGAACUCUGCAGGCCAGCCAGGCACC